AUGUGGGCUGCAAAGAAGAAGAACAUUUCUCCAAAUAGUUUCAAUGAAGCUGUAAGAUUUGCUGACCAGUUCGACGAUGGGGAGCAACAUGACUGCCAAGAAUUCGUUUCUUUCCUCAUCGAACGCUUUCAUACGUGUGUAGCUCGUAUUGAACAUAACAAUUCCACUGGAGAUAGCGAAAGUACGGAAAGAACAUCAGAAUGCGAGACAACCACCAGUGAUAGCGAGAGCGAUGACGCUGCAACGGAUGAAGAGAAAGCAGAAAAAUCAUGGGAGCGUUACAUUCGAGACAACCAGUCGCUAGUGACGUCACUGUUCUCAGGCCAGUUGCGAUCACGUCUAAUUUGCCGCAAAUGCAAGUCGUCAUCUUCAGUGUUUGAAGUUUUCACUUCUCUCAGUCUUCCAAUUGGGUUCGAGAAUGUGGAGCUGUACCAAAUCAUAGUGGUGCGCCGUGACGGAAGCGUUCCACGUCGAUAUGGAUUCAGGUUGCCGAGAGAAUGUACAUUGGGCACAUUCAAAGGUCUCGUAGCAGAGGCAACUGGAGUGAAUCGUAAUGCGCUUACAAUACAGUGUCUGAACAAGAGAGGGUAUUUCAUGAAUCCAAUUAACACUGAAGAUGACGCGCCAUUGAGCUCCGUGCCGUCAGGUGGUCGUCUGUAUGCUCUUCACCUGCCGGAGGACACCCCUGAAUGGCGGGUAGCAAUCCAUCGGAAACUGCAAUACAACUAUGAGCCGUAUUUCCUCGGCUCCACCGGCGGUUUUGUUGUCACCCAGUUCGGCUUGCCGUUGAUCGUACCAUGCCCUGCGAAAAUUACAGGGAAGGAAUUGUAUGAAGAUGUGAUGAGUCAGAUGCGCAGAUUCAUGGAUGUCUCAUCUCCGGCAAUAUCUAGUCGUGCACAUGAUCCUUCUGAAGACAUCUCGUUUGGCUAUCCGUUCUCGCUGUGUCUAGUCGAUGAGUCCUGGGAGUGGUGCGGCCAGUGCCCUGCGCUGCGAUUCUGUCGUGGCUGUGCUAUCAGACCGGACUCCACCGCGCCGUGUAUACCCGAAAAUUGUGGAAUAGCUGUAGACUGGCUGCCUAUUGCAUUGUAUCUCAAGUACAAUCACUCACAAGAACUGGCUUGUGAAGACGACGAAUCUGUAGCAGAAACAUGGUCCCGACAUUUUGCUCCUUCAUCCCUGGAACAUUGCCUGGAGAAAUUCAGUUGUCCAGAGACUUUGGAUGCAUUGAUACAUUGCGAUACUUGCAAUGAAAAGACGAAAAGGGAUAAAGUAAUGACUAUAUGGCGACUGCCAAGAUAUUUGAACCACUAUGGUCAGUUGUCAUCAGGGCAUUUUGUGGCGUACGCUCGCGGUAAUGACGAGAAAUGGCUACUGCUCAAUGAUUGUUCUGUGAGGGAGGUCACCGAAGAGGAGGUGGAUCGCGCUGGUGCGUAUCUUCUUUUCUUCGAAAGGAAGGACUGA